CAGCUCGUCGGGCACUCCCGUGCUAUCGCAAACACAUCAAUCGGUCCACUGACCUUAGAUCCGAUCAACUUCAGUGUCCCUUCUGGAUUGAAGGGCUUGAAAGGGUUGAAAGGACUUACGACGCUCAAUUCCGUAGAUGUACAAGGCGGUACAACUCAAGGGAUCACGCUGGCCAUUGACGUGUCGAUCUUCAAUCCGUCGAACUUGAACUUAACCGUCGGUGAUCUUCAGCUUCAGCUGUUUAGAGACGGCGGAGUGAUUGGGACGGCUUUGUUGCCCAAUUUGACGCUGACAAUGGGAAACAACAGCGUGAAAGCUAGCUCGGUGUUCGAGUCCAGUGCUAGCCCACAGGGAUUACAGACACUGGAUGACUUUGUUGGGAAGAAAGACGUGCAGCUGUCGAUUGCCGGCUAUAACAGAAGUACCGCAGUCGCGUCUCUUAUGAAUGCCUUCGAGACACUCGACAUCGAUGUUACGCUUCCCGCGUUGAAGAAAGAUUUGUUGGAUACGGCUGUGCUGCAAGUUCUCCCUACUACCGGCAGAGCAAACAACAUAUCACACGUCGUUGUUUCCCUCGCCAACCCAUUUGCUACCGAUCUCAAAAUAAAUCGCAUUCAAUCUACAGUCUCUGCCUUCGGUAUCAAACUCGGAACCAUCGAUUCGACAACCAACUUUACGUCAACAGCAAAUACCACUACUGAAUCUUCCCAUCUGGAGUUGAACAUGAAUUUAGAUCCGAGCUCGAUCUUCACGGUGACGAGGGCUCUGGCAGUUGAGGCAGGGUUGAAUACGGAGCAGUUGGACGGAAUUGUCCAGCUUGGCGGGUACCAGUACCUGAUGACCACUGGUCCGAAUGUCUCGACGCAUCAGCGUAGGGACAACAUCUUUACGGGUUUUGAUCUACCAAGCUUUGUCCAGAAGGCAUUUGCAGGGUUGAAGUCGGAUGUCGAGUUGAAAGCUGAGGUUAGCAUUGGCGAAUACACAACCACCCUCACAUAUACGCAAUCGUCAUUACCAACUAAGACGGAUGACAGCCUCAAUUUUAUCCUUCCCGUCUUAGCGCAGCCAAUUGUGCAAAAGAUCGUUGGAGGAUCGAAUUUAGGAAUAAGUAGCGUUCUCAUCACCGAUUCUCAACAAGAAUCAUUCGGUACUAGGUUGAACGGGUCCAUCAGUAAUGCCGGUCCAUUCGACGCCACAAUCUCAUUCUCAGAGGGCGCUACUGUAGCCUGGUCUGGCCAACCUAUUGGAAGUAUCAGAAUGGAAGAUAUUGAUCUUACUGGCGACGUUGGCGCACAAUUUAUCGUAGACUCGCAGUUCCAGGUUGCAGACGUUGGGCAUAUCACAGAAUUCACGAAGACGUUAUUGACCCAAGAAUCCUUUCAAUGGGACAUCUCUGCUGACAACCUCAACGUCACAGCCCUUGGUAUCUCUGUGCAAAAUAUCACAUUGACACCGAAGACGGUCUUACUGAAGGGGUUCAAUGGCUUGAAAGGUGGUGUGAAGAUUGAGACCUUCUCCUUGCCAUCGAACGACCCCGCCGGCGGCAUCACGCUGAAGUUGGCAGCCAGUACAACAAACCCUUCGCAAGUCGGUAUUGAGUUGUCAUCGCUCGGCUUCAAUACGUUCGCAAGCGAUAUCAUGAUUGCAUCCGUUGCAACUAAUAAGACUGUCACGCUGUCUCCGGAAUCUACAACUACGCUCUCCUUGAUUGGUCGCCUUAUUCCUCAGACUUCUGAUGAAGGACUUUCGGCUGUGUCUGGUAUCUUCAAUCGCUUCAUCCAUGGAGAGGACAGUGAUCUAUCUGUUCGUGGCUCUGCUGCUGGUCCUAGUGAUGUUACAUGGCUGAAUGACGGCAUCAAGGCCUUACAAGUUGACACUAUCCUCCCUAACCAGAACCCGCAGAGCAUCAUCAAAUCCAUUAGCCUCAACCAGUUGACACUUGACUUUACGGAGAGCACUGCGUACAGCCCAUCCACCAGUAGUGAUUCCACAGAUGUAACCUUCAAACUGCCGGAUGGUUUCAAUUUCCCCAUCAAUAUUACGGCUCUACAGCAAACGAUUGAGGUGUCAUUCAAUGGUCAGAACUUUGCUCAAUUGUCGAUUCCCAAAGGCCCUAGCACGACCGAUGUCGAUAACCAUAUCAUUCAUCUUGGGUUUAGCGACGUUCCCUUUGCAGUUUCGGAUGGCCAGCACGAUACCUUCAACCAAUUCCUGGCUGCUACCACGAUGACGGAGAGCCAGACAAUGGGACUGUCGGGUUCUGCUGAUGCUGACGCUAAUACUGCAGUCGGGGUAAUCACACUGACCAACAUCACGUUCUCAGUUGACUCCACUAUUCAAGGCCUGGACGGAUUAAGUGAGAAGCCGGCAACGAUUAGCGAUUUGGAUGUCAAUCAUGGGUUCCCGGACUUCCUGUUAAUCAAGGUGAAUACUGCGUUGUUUAAUCCAAGCAACCUAACCAUUGGCACAGGCGAUGUCUCAUUCUCACUGCUAUACCGAAAUUCAUCUAUCGGAGAGGCAGACCUUGCUGACAUGAUAAUCACGCCGGGCAAUCAAUCAUAUGCAACCGAUGUGCACUAUGAUCCUCAGGGAGACGCUGUAGCUGCAGGCCGCGCUCUUCUCGAAAACUUCUUGCAAGGUGUUAAUGUUGAUACGACUAUCUCCGGAAGCAUGGAUUCCACUCCAAUCGAGUCACUCAAACUUGCACUCUCUCAAAUCGUUUUGUCUCCAGUGACCAUUCCGGCAAUCCACCAGUCGUUGAUCAAGAGCGUUUCAAUCACGCUCCCCGUCGAUAUCGUGUCUACAGCAGUAGCACGAUCAUCAUUUAUCUUGCAGAACCCCUUCACUGCUAGUAUCAACCUGUUGAAAGUUGGUGCUUCGGCAACAUUUCACAAUCUGACAUUAGGCUCUAUCGAUAAUGUAGACGUAUCUUCUAACCCCAUACACGCGAACGGUCACAGUGAUGUUACUUCUUCGAUUCUGCCGCUCAAGUUCAACCUGGAUCCUGCCACCGUUAUCCAAUUGUUGACAAUUGGUGCUCAAAAUAAUAAUGUCAAUCUCGGGGGCUUGGUUGAUCUGUUCCAGUUCGUCCUCGAUAAUCCUGAUUUCCACCCACCGGUGACGACUAAGGUGGACAUCAAUUCACCCACCUGCGUUAGUGGCCACCAACCUGACUUCAAUUCAGCGAUAUUAGCUUCACUCAAAAAUCUCGAGGUAGAGCUUGCAGUUGAUAGUUCAGUCAAACUCGAUGAUUUUGCUACGGAUUUAUCUUUUGCCCAACAUAAUGUCCCGGUGAACGUGGAUGAUACAGCGCUUUUCCUCAUUGGAGCUGUAGCUGCUCCUAUCGCACAGCAUCUCGUUGACCAAGCUGAGCUGACGUUUUCUGAAGCCAAUAUCACGAAUAUCUCUGACGAAGGCUUUGACCUCGCUCUUCAAGGAUCGCUAACUGGAACAGGUCCUCUCGAUGCGUUGAUUGAGUUCACCGAGCCUGUCAUAGUCAAUUGGCAGGGAAACGACAUUGCGAUGAUCGAGCUGCCACCGAUCUGUGCCGGAGCGAACGAUGGAGUACCGAAUUAUUUCAGCAAUGCACGUCUCAAAAUUACGGACAACUCUCAAUUCACGAACUUUGCGAUCUUUCUACUGCAAAAUCCAAGCUUUGACUGGACGAUUUCGACGGACAAACUCCGUCUGACUGCUUUGGGUACCAUCUUUGAGAAUGUCUCUCUCCGAAAGACCGUUUCCUUUAAAGCAUUCAAUGGCCUACCAGGCGUUACCAUCAGCAACUUCCGACUUCCGUCUGAUGACCCAGCUGGCGGAAUUCACAUCGACACUGACUCUGACAUACCUUCGCCUGCGCAGCUUGGCAUCGAAUUAGGAACAGUAACAUUUAACGCUCUGUUUGGAGAAACCGUGCUCGGGCCUUUGUCUACAACGAAUUCACUUACCCUCUCGCCGAAUUCAGUUGCUUCUACCCAUUUAACAGGCCGGAUUAUUCCACAAUCUGGUUCCGAUUUGGACGCCGUUGGAACUUUAUUCUCGAGAUACUUAGCCGCCGACAACCAAACCCUCGACGUCGUCGGAGAGUCUGUCAAACCACCGGGUUCUUCGGGUUCCGUCGGGUGGUUAACAACUGCUAUUCAAUCGUUAACGCUUUCUGUCACUCUCCCCGGUCAAUCCUUCGAUAUCAUUCAAUCAAUUUCCCUUAGCGACUUGGAUGUGAUCCUCCAGACUCAGGAUCAGGCCUUUGCUCCACCAACCAGCUCUGACCACACCAGUGCGGUAUACAAAAAUCCCUUUGGCUUUUCUCUGCAGGUUGUCGAAGCAGGGGAAAAGAUUGUGCUUAGUACUGGUGGCACUCAAGCUGCGCAGCUUAAUCUUCCUAAGGUUGCCGCAGAUGGCGGUGUUUCAACGGGCAAUGAUGCCGAUCUGCAUUUGUCCUGGAGUAACCAGCCUUUGAGAUCGUUAAAUAACGAUGCAUUCUCCGCAUUGUUAGCUGCUGUAACGCUGAAGGACAGCGUCGACCUCACGCUGGAAGGCAGUGCCGAUGUUACUGCCAGGACCACCGUCGGGGAUAUUCCUAUAUCUGGGAUACCAUUCAGUGUCCAAUCUAGUUUUAAGGGCAUCAACGAUUUUGAGAGUACUGCAAAAUUAAGCGACAUCAAAGUAACCGGAAGUGGAGGCGACGGCGGUGACGAAUUCAUCGUAGCACCGUUAACAACAGAGCUCCAGAAUCCAUCGAAUGUCUCAUUACACACUGUUGACAUCGCUCUCCCAGUGAUUUACAAGGGCACCAUGAUUGGAAGGGCCGCGAUCAAUCCCUUCGAUCUGGUAUCUGGGGAUCUGGCUGUACCGUCUGCAUUCCAUUACCAACCUGGAGAUGCAAAUGACACCACGGCCCAGAGCUUCCUCUCCAGCUUCCUGACGAGUACAGAUAAUCUAGCGCUGACCAUUCAAGGCGACAGUGAAAGUUCACUCAUACAGUCGUUACAACAGUCACUGUCGGGUGUCCGUUUGGCAACCUCUCUCCCUGGAAUGGGUCAAAGUCUCAUAAAGCACAUCAACGUCGAUAUUACCCUAGAUACCCUCAUCACUAACCUCGUCACCAUCAACGUCGAUAUCUUCAACCCUUUGGACGCAGAAUUACGAAUUCUCUUCAUUCAAGACGACGCCAAAGUCGAUGGAACUACCUUUGCUCAUUUCGACCAUCAAUUUGAAGAUUUCGUCAUCCCUCCCGGCCAAACUGUUAACUCUGGGCCGAUCGACAAUGUCUUGCUCGUCCAAGGAGCUAUCGCAUCCCUCGGUAUCAUUCCUCUAGGUAAACUCGAUACAUUCAACGCAGUGACCGCGCAAAUUGGUGAAGGAGGGUACACGAUCCCAUGGCUUCAACUUAUGCAGAUGGGAGUGCCGACGACGUAUAACCUGGAUAUCCUCGGAAUUUCAGUUGGGAUUCCGCAGUUCAAGUCAAUGGCUAGUUCAAUGAGUGCAUCUUCGGUUGCAAAAACUGCGACGACGGCUUCUGGAACGAGUUCCGCGUCGGGAUUUGCGUCAGGGCCAGAAAGCUCUGCCUUGGUGUCGGUAGCUGUGACUAGUAUCGUCUCUUCGUUGGGUGAUACUGAGACUCAGAAGUCAACUUCGGCGUCAUCCACGCCAGAGUUACAGCCAACGUCGACUGCGCAGGCCUCAUCCAGGAACUCCGGUAGCUUGAACGCUCCAGCCAUACUCACUUCCUAAUCGACGCUCACAGUCGAGAGCACUUAUGAUAUACCUCGGCAUCGUAUGUGCUCGGUUACCCGUGAAUACAUGCUCAUAUGGAGUGUGCACCGUAUGCUUUCGCGAUGCAUUCGUAUCCUUUACUUCUCAAUUCCUCACGACUUUGUUUUCGUAUCGAUUACUUUAUAUGUUAUUAUAUGAACUCUCAAAAGCUUCCCUCUUAGGUUAUAGUUCUAUGGACAGGAGUAAGGAUACUUAUUUUACGUUUGAUAUUCCGCACAGUUGUUAUACCGAUGGUUACUUUGGCUCUUCUGUACUUGAUUCAUUGCAGUUUGUUCCUUUUU